UGUGAUUGGUCCAAGCUUUCGUCCAAUUACCGUUGAGCGCAAAUCCAACCAUCACCUUUAAUCAUCUCUGACCUGACUGAAGGGUUUCAUAUCAGAAUUAGAUUCGGUCGAGCAAACAUCACUUCUUCGCACUUCCUCGCAAAGUUAUUCAACUUCAGCUUUAUUCGUCUUCAAUAUUAUCUUAACUCAAGUUCAAGAAUGCCUACCGCUGUUGUUACGGUCCGCUGGCUUCAACCACCCCGCUACCGCGGCAUGGAAGAGACGGUCUCUCGUAGUCGAGUUCGACAACGAGGUCCUCUCAGUGUUGGCGAAGAGGUUCGAGUUCGCUACAAACGUAGCUACUACAAGGCAGAGAUCAUUGAUAAUGGUGAAGUUCCUUCCAGCGACCUCACCAACCAAACUGGCAGAUCUGCUUCUCCUCCCGCGUCUCCUCCUCGUCUGCAAGACCCGCUGGUGGUAUCAUCCCCGGACAGCCCUCCUAGACCCAUUGCAACCGUGCCUCCACCCCAGCUGCUGUACUUCGAUCCUUUAACAUCGACGCCCCUUGUGCCACCCACCCUGCCACACCACCACGUCGAUGUCGAUGAGUCAGCUCUAGACGGUGCCUUGGUCUUCUAUCCUGUAUCUCAGUUCCAGCUUCCUCCAGACUCGCUACUUGACUCCGCUGAGGUUCCGUUUCCAGAGCAGUCACCAUGGGAACUGGCCACACCUGCUUUUGAGUACUCCAUCACAGACUCUGUACCUGGGACUGAGCUCGAUGCUGAUGUCGUCGACAGCGACGUUGAUUCCUACGACAGCGAUGUGGACUCUUACUACUCUGAUGGCUCUGAGGAUGUGCCCAACUUCAUUCCCAGCCAGGAGUCGGAUGAGGUCGCCCGGGAGCAUGCCCAGCGGAUGAUCGAUAACCACAUCAGACUGCGUUCUUCGACCACCGAACCGACCUCAUCUGUCGACUACCACGAGUGCAUCGAGGACGAACUCCUAGAGGGCAUCGUCCGAAGCGCUGAGGCGUCUCCCGACCACGAGGACUCCACCCUGUCGACAGUUCAACGGUUCCACAUCUUCCUCAGCCAGAACAUCAAGCGCAUCGAUGAGGAGCUGAUGCCUCGGGUGGCUUCGGUGACUGCCUUCAUGCUGGAGGAUGAAGUGCCUUGUCUUCGGUGCAUCAUCAAUCUGACCAAGACUACCAGGAGGUUGGAGGCUCUUCGUGACAACUUGGCCAUCUUCUUGACUGUGGCUACCAGGACGAUGCACACCGCUACUGAAGAGUAAUGUGACCUUUCGAGAUAUGAACUUUCCAAUUCACACCUUUGAUGUAUUGCAUUAUGCUUUAAUGUGCAAUUAUUUUUGUAAAUAUUGUAAAUAAGAUAAUUCAUGUAUUGAUUUUAAUUGCAAUAUUUCCCUCCAUAGGGAAUAAACCUUGUUAAAGUAGAGUCUUGUGUUAUUUGUUUUAUCUUUUGUCUUUGUUUUAUAUUUUGAGCUUUAAGAGGGUAACUUAAGUGAGCAAAUAGAGAUAUUUUAUGAGAGAUAUGAUCUCUGUUUUGAAAGAG